GCUGCAUCAAGUUUUGAGAUUUGACUAUGGCUCCGUUCGGACGCAACUUUCUGAAAGCGCGGAUGAAAAACAGGUCUAAGGAAUCACUUGCGGAGACCCCAGCAAAGGAAAUCCAAGUGUUGGUAUGUAAAGAAGAAAAAAUUGUCUCUGGUGUCACCAAGCAUACAACUUGUGCUGAUGUGAUUCAGGCUUUACUGGAAGAUCAUAAAACCGUACCAGAAAGUAAGAGACUUCUACAUGGAGAACCUAAAGAGUUUUGUCUUUUGGAGAGGUGGAAAGGCUUUGAACGGCCUCUGCCUCCACUUACUCGUAUCCUCCGUCUGUGGAAUGCAUGGGGUGAUGAGAAACCCUUUAUAAACUUUGUCCUGGUAAAGACCAGUGAGUUUUUGCCCUCUUCUAUAGCACCUAUGGGUGCUAAGCGGGGUCCAAAGUCCCGGAGUGUCCGGUCUAAAAGAUUGGAGCAGGCUCCAGGCCAGUAUGCCAAGAACGUUCCUGUGGAGCGACAAAAACGCUUAGUGAAGAAGGCCUUCCGCAAGCUGGAGAAAAUGCAAAAGACAAGCUCAUCAGAGGGCAUGGAGGAAAUUGACAAAAUGGUGCAACUUGUUAUCUCCCAGGAUUAUACCAUCCGGCAGCAAAUCCACCAAAUACGGAAACUGGAACAGGACAUCGAUUCUGCAGAGCAGAAGAUAGAAGAGAGCUCUUCACCGGAUGAUGGUCUAAUUGACAGAUUUACCAGCAAUUUGCUUCCCUUGUCCAUAUUUCAGAGUGAAGACCAACUGCAGGAGUACCUGUACACUAGUGAUGGCAUUGAGCAGCUGGAGCUUCAGAUGAGCAAGCAUCGAGAACUCAUCAAUAAGCUGUCUAGAGACAUCGACCUGGAGCUGAGAAGAACUGUUUGCACAACAGACUCUGAGGAACUUGAGGGUGCAGCGGCUCCGAAUCCUAUCUUGGAUUUCGACCCCAACUCUACUUUGUCUCCUGAAGAAUCUCUAGAGCUGGACAGCAUACACAGUGAGCUAGAGUUAAGCAUGAGGGCAGGACUAUCCCUUCACACUCAAAACCAGGAUCUGGAAAGGGAUCUUCAACUAAAUGAAACUCUGUUGCAGUCCAGAAACCAGGAAUACCAACUACUUAUUGAGCAGCUGAGCUCAAUGCAACUAGAGCACUGUUCUGAGCCUCCAAGCCCGGUAACCACAAAAAGCCCAAUCAGACCUGGUGUCUCUCAGCAGACCAUAGGGAAGGUCAGGAAAAAUAUCUUCCCUACUGAUGUGACAGACACAGACUCAGACACAGGUAUAAGUUCUACCCAUAGUCAGGACUCACUGUCCCCCUGUGUGGACAGGUUACGUUCCCUAGACACUGAUGUCUGAGCUAUGAAUGUGGAAAAGUAUUCGUCAUUGCCAGCACAUAAAUGGUGUGAAUCUCCAAAAAUUACCUUGUAAAAAUAAAGAGUGGCACAUCUGUUGCAGCUAUUGGUGUCUUUAAAUGUUUAAGGACAUCAUUUCAUAAUCAUUAAUAGCCUAGCUAUUAAACAGUUAUUUAUUAAUACGUUACAAUUGUGGCAUAUUUUUGU